GGCUGCGGGGAGGGCAAUAAGGGGUUGCAAAGGAAGGGGCCCUGUGAGCGGCGCCGGCUGAAGGCGAUGGUGUCGGAGCAGCUCAGUCAGGAUCUACUCAGGCUUCUAAGGGAAGAAAUCCAUACAGAUGUUACUUUCUCUAUAGGUUAUACUUUGUUCAAAGCACACAGAGCAGUCCUUUUAGCAAGAGUUCCUGACUUCUAUUUUCAUACUAUUGGACAGACAUCAAAUGAUUUAACAAAUCGUGAGCCUGUUGCUGUGGAGAAUGUCGAAGCUUCAGAAUUUAGAACAUUUUUGCAGAUUGUAUAUUCAUCAAACAGACACAUAAAAAAUUAUGAAGAGGAAAUUCUUAGGAAAAAGAGUGGGAAACCACAAAAGAAACUUGACUCCAGUUUUCAAAUAUAUGAAAAAUCAUCAGAUAGUUCUCUUCAGAAACAUGAAAUUCCAGAGGAUAUCAGUGAUAAAGAUAAUUAUGACUUGGAACCCGCAUCUGAAUUAGGAGAAGAUUUAUUGAAGCUUUAUGUGAAACAAUGUUGCCCAGAUAUUGAUGUAUAUGUUGAUGGAAAAAGAUUUAAAGCUCACAGGGCCAUUUUAAGUGCUCGAUCGAGUUAUUUUGCUGCAAUGCUGAGUGGCUGUUGGGCUGAAAGCUACCAAGAGUACAUUACUCUUCAAGGUAUAAACCAUGUAGAAGUGAAUGUUAUGAUGCAUUUUAUAUAUGGAGGAACUUUGGACUUUCCAGACAAAGCAAACGUUGGUCAGAUACUCAAUAUGGCUGAUAUGUAUGGACUAGAAGGAUUAAAAGAAGUAGCAAUCUAUAUUUUAAGAAGAGAUUACUGUAAUUUCUUUCAGAAGCCUGUUCCUAGAAUAUUGGCAUCUGUACUCGAAUGCCUGAUUAUUGCUCAUUCAGUUGGAGUGGAAAGUCUUUUUGCUGACUGCAUGAAGUGGAUUGUAAAGCAUUUUGCAAGGGUUUGGUCUGAGAGAAGCUUUGCAAAUGUACCUCCUGAGAUUCAGAAAAGUUGUCUUAAUAUGUUGAUUCAGUCCUUAAAUGAUAAGAAUGCUGCUUUUCUUCUGAUGGAAAGUGACAGGCUAAUCAUCAGUUUACCCAGAGUGAAGUGGACAGAGGCAGCACUGACUAUGGCAUCUCAGCUCCAAGAAGAAUGUCUUGGGUUUAUUACAAAAAACUUCUCCAAAAUCAUUCAGAGUGAAAAUUUUGCUCUUCUCUUACAGUCACAAGCAAUGAGCAGCACAGCUGAUCUGUUGGACAAAAUUUUUAAAGCAAUUGAAGAAAACAUUACCACUGAAAAUAGUUGCUCUCUUCUUAUGGCUCUGGAUACAUUACUGAACUCUGACAGUACAAAGGAAAUGGGUUUUACGUGCAAGAUCCAGGCUCUGCGUGAUAAGCUGUGGAUCUUCCUGGUUCAGUCUUUCUAUGCUGUUCGUCACACGGAAAGCUGGAAGCUGGUGAGCACAGAUGAUCAACAGAAAAUCCAAGCAGCUGCAUUUGACAAAGGUGACGAUCGAAGACUUGGCAAAAAGCCUAUAUUCAGUAGCUCUCAGCAAAGGAGACAAGUUUCAGAUUCUGGUGUUACAAAAAACAAAUCUUGGAACGGGAAUAACAAGAAAGAGUGUUGGAGUUCUCUCUCUACUAACCAAAAGAUGAAAUCGGAUGGAUUAGGAGCCUCUGGACAUUCGUCAAGUACUAAUAGGAAUGUUAUAAAUAAAAGUUUGAAGCAUGAUGAUUUAAAGGAAAGAAAGGGUACAAAAGUAGCAUCUAAGAUUACAAAAGAAUUAAAAACUGGGGAAAAAAUUGCUUCUGCAAAGCCCAAAACUUUAAUAAAGCUCAAAACAGAGAAUAGUGAUAAUGCAAAGUUGGAAAACUUGUCACGGAGACAGGCUGUGGAAAGACCAGUAGCAGCAUCAACUGGACAGAAAAACUCAUUAAAUGGGAAAGGAGUGAGAAAUCAGGAAGGGCAUAUUACAGGUGCCAGACCCAAGGUACUCACUGGAAACGUAAAUGUGCAAGCCAAAGCAAAGCCUUUGAAGAAAGUGACAGGGAAAGAUUCUCCAUGCCUCAGCAUUGCAGGACCCUCCAGCAGAUCUACAAAUUCAAGUAUGGAAUUAUUGAUUUCAACUGAAUGUCUGGAUGAACCAAGAGAAAAUGGAUCAAUAGGAGAAGAGAAGCCUUCUGGUCAUAAACUAUCCUUUUGUGAUUCUCCAGGACAGACAGUGAAAAACAGUGCAGACAAUGUCAAAACUUCCGCUGUAGCAGUAAAAUCUCGACCUGCUUCAAGAGUUACCAAUGUAAAUUCGAAUAAAAACAUUCAUGAACAAGACACUAAUGUAAAUAACAGUGUACUAAAGAAAGUCAUUGGCAAAGGACAUAGUGAUCCAGUAGCACAGGCAAUUUUGAAGAAACGAGGAAAUGGCAAUGGAUGUGCUACAGCUCAGCAGAGAACCAAGAGUGCCCCAUCUAAUCUUGCUAAAACUCAAGGAUCCCAAGGAGAGUCACCAAAUUCAGUAAAAUCUUCAGUCUCUUCAAGGCAGUCUGACAAAAAUGUGACAAAGUUGGAUCACAACGCAACUACGGAUAAACGAACACCUAAGAGAAAAAUUGUCAAGCAAGGGCAUACAACUUUGCCUAAAGUUAAUGGAAAAAUAGUUGCAAUGCCUAAAAACCUAAAUCAGUCAAAGAAAGGUGAAACUUUGAAUAAUAAAGAUUUAAAACAGAAAAUGCUUCCUGGACAAGUUAUAUUGAAAACACUGUCUUCUUCUCAAAGACCUUUAAAAAGUGGAACAUCUGUUCAAAAAAGUAUUCAUCAUGCUGUACAUGAUAAUAGUAACAGGGACAAUGUUUCUGAACAGAAGCCUCACAGACCUCUAGUUAAUCUUGCAUUUGAAAUCAGUGGUACAGAAGCAUGCCAGUCAUCAUGCAUUCCUGACCCACAAAAGCCAUUAAACGAUCAAGAAAAGAAGUUGGUGUUAGAAUGCCAAAAUAUUUCAAAGCUGGAUGAAUCAAUAAAAUAUGAACUGGAAUCAAAACAGAUUUGUACAGAUAAAAGUGAAGCAAAAUUUUCUGAUGAUAAAGAAACAGAUCAUUGCAGUGUAGCUAAAAUAUAUUGUCAUUCUGAUGGGAGUGAUAAUGUAGAUCCAAAAUUUUAUAGCACCACUACCCUAAAAUUUGUUAUUUCAAAUCCAAAUGAAAAUCCCUUGAACUCUAAUCCAAUUUGUGAUUUAGAUUCAACAAAUGCAGAACAAAUCCAUUCAAGGUCAAAUAGGGAGAACCAAGUAAGGAGAAAAGAUACAAACAAAAAAUCAAGCAUUCACUGUGUGAACGCUGUUGUACCUUGUGUUCCUGGAAUGACAAAUGGUACCUUAAAUUCUGUUCCAGAUGAUAGAAAAUCUAAAAUUCAUGUAGAACUGACAAGUUCUAGUCAGUUGUCUGAUGACAAACUUGUUACAGCAGACUCAGAUAUAUCCUCCAAAUGUUUUUUGGGACAACUAUCAGAAAAAACUUCUAAAAAUGUGGAAACAUCAGAAACCCCAGAGAGCCAUGAAACUCCAGAAGCUCCAUUUAUGGCUCACUGGAAUCCAAGUACCAGUGUUCUGCAGCAGAGAGAGAGUCCUGAAUCUGACACUGGCAGUGCUACCACAUCUUCUGAUGACAUAAAGCCCAGAUCUGAAGACUAUGAUGCUGGAGGGUCUCAGGAUGAUGAUGGGUCAAAUGACAGAGGUAUUUCUAAAUGUGGCACUAUGCUGUGCCAUGAUUUUCUUGGAAGAAGUAGCAGUGAUACCAGUACUCCUGAAGAAUUAAAAAUAUAUGAUAGCAAUUUAAGAAUUGAAGUAAAAAUGAAGAAACAAAAUAGUAAUGAUCUUUUCCAAGUUAAUUCGACAAGUGAUGAUGAGGUUCCUAGGAAGAGGCCAGAAAUUUGGUCUCGAUCUACAAUAAUCCACCCUAGGGAAAAAGAAAAUAUUCUAAGAGGCAGUGUCCAGUUUGCUCAGGAAAUAGAUCAGGUUUCUUCUUCAGCAGAUGAAACAGAAGAUGAGAGGUCUGAAGCUGAAAAUGUUGCAGAAAAUUUCUCUAAAUCUAACCCAGCUCCUCAGCAGUUUCAGGGAAUAAUUAAUUUAGCUUUUGAAGAUGCAACUGAAAAUGAAAGUCGUGAGUUUUCUGCAGCUAAAAAGUUUAAAAGGUCAGUUUUACUUUCAGUAGAUGAAUGUGAAGAAUUAGGAUCUGAUGAGGGAGAAGUCCAUACUCCCUUUCAGCCUUCUAUAGAUUCUCUUUCACCUUCUGAUGUUUUUGAUGGCAUUUCUCAUGAACAUCAUGGAAGGACCUGCUGCUAUUCCAGAUUCUCACAAGAAAGUGAGGAUAGUAUUUUAGAAUGUAAGCAACAAGAUAAAGGCAAUAGUAUAUAUAAAAAUGAAAGCACUCCCUUGGAUCUUAGUAACAUUGACUCUUCAAGAAAAGGUAAACAGAGUGUUUUAGCUGCAGGAAAAAAGGACACAAUUGAUAUCCUGUCCAAAGGAAGCAGACAACUUCUUCCAGAAGAUAAAAAAGUAAACAGUGGAAGUGAUGUGGAUAAUGACUUUCAGCAUUGCAGCAAACUCUUGGAUAGUGAUAUAAAAUCUCAAGAAAGACCAUGUCAUUUAGAGCUUCAUCAAAGGGAACCCAAUUCUGACAUACCAAAGAACAGCUCUACAAAAUCUCUAGACUCCAUUUGGAGUCACAUUCUGCCUCAGGAAGGUCAAGUUAAAGAGAGCCAUUCUACAGCUACCGAAAAAGCUAAUAUUGCUUUAUCUGCAGGAGACAUAGAUGAUUAUGACACACUGGUACAAACCUGCAUGUAUGACCAUCGGCCUUCAAAAAUCCUGUCUCCAAUAUACGAGAUGGAUGUAAUAGAAGCAUUUGAGCAGAAAAUGGAAGCAGAAACACAUGUUACAGAUAUGAAUUUUGAAGAUGAUCAACACUUUGCAAAACAAGAUUGGACGCUACUAAAGCAACUGCUCUCUGAACAGGAUUCAGACUUAAAUAUUGCAAAUUCUGUUCCUGAAGACUUAAAUUUAGCACAGUAUCUAAUCAAUCAGACACUACUUUUAGCACGAAACAGCUCAAAACCUCAGGGUAUAGCACAUAUUGACACUUUGAACAAAUGGAGUGAACUAACAUCUCCACUUGAUUCCUCAGCAAGCAUCACCAUGGCUAGUUUUUCCUCUGAAGAUUGUUCACCUCAAGGGGAAUGGACAAUCCUGGAACUGGAAACUCAGCAUUGAGAGUGUUAACAUUUUGGAAAAUUUUAAAUAUGCCACCCCUUUAUUUUUGGAUGCAUAUAUUAUAUCCAAAUGAUAAUUGCAUUAGCAAGAUAUAGACUGUCCUUAAUAUUGAGUCUUUCCAAUUUAACGAGGUAAACCUAGUUUAUUAAUGUGAUAUCACAUGUAGAAAAAAUGUUUUUCUAAAAAUUUUGAGCAUGUUUUCUAUAGUUAUUACAGAAACUAGAAGACUUAUAAGGAAACCCUUGCUUCAGUUUUUCUCUCCUAACUGAUCAUUUGUUCCCUUGUUUAUUAUUUAAAAAUUUUAAAUGUGAAUGCACAAGAUCAGUUC